AUGUGUGAUAUAAAUGAUACGAGAAAAUCACGACGGAAACAAUGUACUCCAUCUCGUCAUUCUAAUAUCGGUAUGGAUACCGUAACAUCUAUUCCGGAUUAUGAUAAUAAUACAAUCACUGAUAAUGAAACGAUCAGUAAUGAUACAAUAAUACUGAAAGAAGAUCGAAAAAACGGUGAAGAAGAGUGUGAUAGUGCAUGUUUAUUAAAAUGUGAACAAUAUUUGCAAAAGCAGAAUACUGAUUCAAUCCAGCGAUUAUCACCAUCUACAGCAUCUUCAACAUCAUCCUUAUCAACUUCCAUUGAUAGUAACAAUUUAUCAUUCGAUACUUAUCGAAAAGAAAUGUUUACCGAUCAAUGGAUCAAUCCAAUGCAUACAUUAUAUCUUCCUGUUGCAUUCCAUAACCAUUCCGUUAACAGUGUUCAGGUAUUGGGUUACCCACAGGUGUUAAUUCCGGUAGCUAUACAUCCUCAUGCCCAAAAUAUUCUUAAACCAUGUUUGUUUAUCGAUGAAUUCAUGGCUCGUAAUAUUACAAUUCCAAAUCAAAUUUGUUUUGGUGAGACACGAUGUCACCUAAAUGUCACCACCAUGCAACAACAGUCCUACCCACGAAAUACUUACAGUUCUGCAUCAACAUCUAAUACUUUUUUCCCCAAAAAUUAUAAGAAAAGGAAAGAAACAUUAUCAAAUGGUAUAAGAAAAAGGCGCAAAUCGUCGAGCGAAUUAAAACCUUUAGAUUUAACUGUACGAAUUAAACAAUUUCAACAAAAUGCUCAUAGUAGUAGCAGUAAUUGUGAUAGCACUGAGGAAGAUAAUUCUACAAAUGGUAAAUUAAUACCAUCUGAAUCAGAUAAGAAAUAUCGAUGUGAUUGUGGUGUAUCAUUUAGCAGUGAAAUAACAUUAAAUGGACAUAAGAAAUAUUAUUGUCACAACAAUGCUAAUCAAAUAGCGCCAUUUCGAGAACCACAAAAAAAAAUAGCAUAUCACUGUCAACAAUGUGACUUUUUACCAGUAAGUGCUAGUCAAUUAGCUCAACAUAUUCGGGUAAAUCAUGCUGCAAUUCAAGCUUAUCUUUGUCAAAUUUGUGGUUAUAAAGGUUAUUCUCAACGAGGUAUUCGAUCACAUCUCAGGACUCAUACGGAAUAUGCAGAUGAGAAACCGGAAGAUUUAAUCAAUUCACAUGUUCAUUUCAUAACUGCAGAAACAAAAUCAGCACAGUGUAGCAAUUGUUGUAAGAAUAAAUAA